AUGCGGAGCAGUGGCUUCCCAGGAGUGGAACUAGCUGGAUGUUCUCAGAGUGUUGCACUGAGGCGGAAGGUAUCUGCUACGCUGGUGAUGUUCAGCCCGUCCUCUGCUGUGAACCCGUGCACCUCCCCACGGGUGCCCCAGACCGCCCCCAUGGACCUGCGUAUCGGGCAGCGCGUCGUCAAGCCCGGCUCCGACACCACCUUGCUGGCCCUGAAGCACACGCAGCAGCUGCAGCACCAGCUCUUCCUCGCCAGCCUGCACCAGCAGCAAGUGGAGCAGCUCGCCCACCAGCACGUGAGGGUGACCAUGGAGUCCCCGCACCGCGAAGCCGAGCCUGGGCAACAGGAGCAGGAGCUGCGGCAGAUCCUCAACAAGGACAAGAGCAAGCGAAGUGCUGUGGCCAGCACAGUGGUGAAGCAGAAGCUGGCUGAGGUCAUCCUGAAGAAGCAGCAGGCAGCUUUGGAGAGGACCAGCAACCCCAACCCUUCAGCCAUGCCGUACAGGUCUCUGGAACCGCUGGAUCCCGAGGGCCCUUCCCCUCCUGUGCUCAGCACCUUCCUGCCCCCUGUCCCCAGCACUUCUCUUGACCCCCCAGAGCAUUUUCCGCUGCGGAAGACAGCGUCUGAGCCCAAUCUGAAGGUGCGUUGCAAGCCCAGGAAGUGCCUUGACCGACGCAAGAAUCCCUUGACGCGGAAGGAGAGUGCUCCCCCCUCCCUGAAGAGGCGGCCGCCCGAGGCGAUCGACUCCUCCCCGAGCAGUAGCAGCACCCCCGUGUCCGGCUGCAGCUCUCCCAACGACAGCCUCCCCGCUGAGCACGGAGCCCUCCCCGCUGCCUCCGGCAUGGCCCACGAGACACCCCUGGCCCAGCGCCUGAUGAUGCAGGAGAGCUCACUGGCCCAGUUUGCCCUGCAGAGUGCAGCCUCCCUUCCGGCCAUCACGCUGGGAUUGCCGGCUACCACUAGCGCCAGGGGAGAGGCAGAUCGCCGCCCGCUCUCCAGCCUGGCACACCGGGUGCCCGUGCUGAACGGACCUGUCCUCACGGGCACGCACUCGCCCAUGUUCAUACCAGCUGGCUUGGAGCAGCACGAGGCUGGGAGUCCCUUAUCCACUCGGCUCCAGCCCGUCAUCAUCCUCGAGCCCUCGGUCGCCCACACUCCGCUGGUGGCGGUGCCAGGUCUGGGAACCGUCCCCUUCUCCUUCACCCCCUCACUCAUCUCGGCAGAGCGCCUGUCGCUCCCAGGCCACCAUAAACCGCUGGGCAGGACCCGCUCGGAGCCCCUGCCCCAGAACCCCAAGGCCAUCCAGCAGCAACUGGUGUACCAGCAGCAUCACACCCAGUUCCUGGAGAGACUCAAGCAACAGACGCAUCUGGGCAAGCGCAUGGCUAAAUCCAGCGAGAAGCCCCGUCUGCGGCAGAUCCCCUCCUCAGAGGACAUGGAAGCUGAGGGGACGCUCCCAGAGGCCGGGGCCGAGAGCGGCGACGCAGCGAGGGCACACGUGGAGCCCGCACGGCCGGGGAGCAGCGUGAAGGAGCCCGAGAGGACGCAGAAGAUGAUGCAGCCGCAAGAGGAGCUUGUCCUACAGCCGGCCUAUCUCUGGGAUUCCUACCAGCGUGUGCAGCAGCAGCUCCUCAAGCGGCAGCCGCCGUUGGCCGACUCCCCCAUGGUCCCCACCAUCCAUGCGGGGCACAGGCCCCUCUCCAGGGCCCAGUCAUCUCCUGCCACCGCGACCGUCUCCCUUCCUGCCCAGGACACGGCCCCCAAGACGCUCUCCCUGCCCGUGCAGGAGCAGCCAGCCAAGCCCCACUUCACAACAGGGCUGGUUUACGAUUCGGUGAUGCUCAAACACCAGUGCUCCUGCGGCGACAACAGCAACCACCCAGAGCAUGCGGGCAGGAUCCAGAGCAUCUGGUCCCGUCUGCAGGAGAGAGGGCUGCGCAGCCAGUGCGAGUGUCUGCGGGGACGCAAGGCCACCCUGGAAGAGCUGCAGUGUGUCCAUACCGAGCGCCACGUCUUCCUCUACGGCACCAAUCCCCUCAACCGCCUGAAACUGGACAACGGGAAGCUGGCAGGGAUCCUGUCGCAGCGGAUGUUCGUCAUGCUGCCCUGCGGAGGGGUGGGGGUGGACAGCGAUACCAUCUGGAACGAGCUGCAUUCCUCCAAUGCUGCCCGCUGGGCCGCAGGCAGCGUCACCGAGCUGGCCUUCAAGGUGGCCACCAGGGAGCUGAAGAACGGCUUCGCUGUGGUGCGGCCACCUGGACAUCAUGCGGAUCCUUCCACCGCCAUGGGAUUCUGCUUCUUUAACUCGGUGGCCAUUGCUGCCAGGCAGCUGCAGCAGAAAGGGAAACUCGGCAAGAUCCUCAUUGUGGACUGGGAUGUUCACCACGGCAAUGGGACCCAGCAGAUCUUCUACAGAGACCCUGACGUUCUCUACAUCUCUUUGCAUCGUCACGAUGAUGGCAACUUCUUCCCCGGUAGCGGGGCCGCUGACGAGGUUGGUGCUGGCCCUGGCGAGGGAUUUAAUGUCAACAUAGCCUGGACUGGAGGGCUCGACCCCCCCAUGGGUGACCCUGAGUAUCUGGCUGCUUUCAGGACGGUGGUGAUGCCAAUUGCACACGAAUUCGCCCCCGAUGUGGUGCUGGUGUCGGCCGGCUUCGACGCGGCUGAUGGCCACCCGCCACCCCUGGGUGGCUACAAAGUCUCUGCUAAAUGCUUUGGCUACAUGACGAAGCAGCUGAUGAGCCUGGCUGGUGGAGCCAUCGUCCUCGCGCUAGAAGGUGGCCAUGACCUUACGGCCAUCUGCGACGCAUCCGAGGCCUGCGUGUCAGCCUUGCUGGGCAACGAGCUGGACCCUCUCCCAGAGGAAAGCAUGAGGCAGAAACCAAACCCCAACGCCGUGCGCUCCUUGGAAACAGUGAUCCAGGUCCAGAGUAAAUACUGGGUGGCCGUGCAGCGCUUUGCCGCCAAGCUGGGCUGCUCCUUCCUGGAGGCGCAGCACCACGAGGCAGAAGAGGUGGAGACGGUCACAGCCUUGGCCUCUCUCUCAGUGGCCGUGAUGGUGGAGAAGAGGCCACAAGACGAGCCGAUGGAGGAAGAGGAGCCCAUGAACCAGUGACGAGCAGUGACGUUCUCUGCUCCCCUGCUUCCAGGAUGUGGCUGGACUCUCCUGAGCCCAGCGCUCGCUCUUCACUCCUGGCUUCCCAUUUGCCACGUCAUCCUCACUCCCCGAGUCACGGUCCUGAAACGGCCUGGACCUUUGGCUGCCACCUCUCUAGGUCUCCCAGAAAGGAUGCUUGUGCAGCCACCUGGAAGAUGUCCUCCUGCUCGGGACCGAUGGAAAACCACAAACUCCCUCUGCAAGGUGUGGCCUUGCAAACCUAGAC